AGUGUAGUGCCACAGUCCCAGACAUAAAAUUCAACCUUCCAAGGAUAGAAACUAAACAAAACAAUUAACAUUUUCUUCGAGUGAAAUAUUUUGAGACACCGAGUUCGGAAAACGUUGGAAAAAUGAGCAAAAAUAAAGAUGAAAAAGCCAAGGGGGCAGUACUAGAGUAUCUCACCCAGCAAAACAGACCUUACAGUGCCAUAGAUGUCUUCAAUAAUCUACACAAAGAGUAUGGGAAAACAGCAGUAGUGAAAGUUUUAGAAACAUUGGCACAGGAGGGGAAGAUUAAAGAGAAAACUUAUGGAAAACAAAAAGUUUACUUACCUGAUCAGAGUCAAUAUCCCACAUGUGAUGAGACAGAACUGAAGGCAAUGGACCUGAAGAUAGCACAGAUGACAGAAGAACUGAAGGUUCUCCAGGAGGAAACCAGGAAAAUGGAGAAUGAAUUGAGAGGACUGAAUAGUUCUCUGAGCACAGAUGAGGCCAAGAAACAGUUGACAAUGCUUCGUGGAGAGGUGGAAAACUAUAAGAAGAAGCUAGCACAGCUUAAAGAAGGUGGGAAGGCUAUCAGUCCAGAAGAAAGAGAAGUUAUUAUUAAAAAUAGAGUUAAACUUGUGAAAGAGUGGAGAAAGAGGAAGAGAACA